AGUUGUGCUGCUGCUGCUACUGCUAUAUAUAUUUGAGUAGCCAAGAGAAGAACAAUCUGAACAAGAGGAAGCAAAAACCAACUAAUGGCCAGAAAUCAAGUCAUAUUAUCGGAUUUCAUCAUUUCAUUCGCGUGGCUAUGGUCUGGAUCUCUCAACAAAUUCUUUGUGUGUAAGUUUCUGGGUUUAGGGUCUAAACCCAGCGGAGAAGUUAUCGAGAAUAUUCUUGAUCUCUUGAGCAUGUACUGUUUUGCAUGGUUGUGUAAGACUUACAGUGGAGCAUACAAUCCUCUCUCAGAGUCAGUAUUAUCUGGAGCCAUUUCUGGGAACAACACUCGAAUUUUAUACACUGUUGGUUCAAGAAUUCCUGCCCAGGCACUGGGAUCUAUUAUUGCUGUUAGACUCAUCACCGAGUUCCUUCCUGAAAUAGGCUAUGAACCCCUCCUUAGUGUGGGAAUCCUUCAAGGUGCAUUAACUGAAGGAGCUCUGACAUUCUCUAUCAUUGUCAUCUCACUAGAAGCUGCUCAGAGUCACCCCAACAAUUUCUUCUUGAAAACAUGGAUAUGUAGUGUCUCUAAAAUUGGUCUACAUAUACUAGGUUCUAAUGUUACUGGUGGAUACAUGAACCCUGCUUCUGCCAUGGGAUGGGCUUAUGUUCAAGGGAGUCAUAUAAAUAAGGGGCACAUAUUUGUGCACUGGCUCGCACCCAUUGGGGCGGCUCUUUUGGGUGUCUGGACAUUCAGGUUAUUUAUUCAGCCCAAGGAAAAAGCAGGAGGAAAAACAGCAUAGAAAAACCUAAUUCAGAAUGAAGAGGCAGCCCUGAUUUCUUCUCGUAAUUCAAUUUUAGGUUCCUUUUGUAAUCAUCUGAAAUUGUACAGAUCUCUCUCUCUCUGAUGUUUGUGUAAAGUUUUUGGAUAAGCCAGUACACAUUGGGUAGGUAACUUUGAAAUAAGCCCAACUGAAUUGUUGAAUUUUUUA